AUGUUAUUACAUAAAUAUAGACAAGAAGGUCGAGCUAUACUUGUUGAAGGUGCAAAUGGGACUCUUUUAGAUAUCGAUUUUGGAACAUAUCCAUUCGUUACUUCUUCCAAUUCAACAGCGGGUGGUGCUUGUACAGGUUUAGGAAUUCCUCCAACUUGUAUUACACGUAUUGUGGGUAUAUCUAAAGCAUAUCAAACACGUGUUGGUUUUGGCCCUUUUCCAACGGAAUUAUUAAAUAAAGACGGAACAGCAAAUAAAGAAGGAGAAAAACUUCAACAAAUUGGUGCUGAAUUUGGUGUUACUACUGGAAGGAAAAGACGUUGUGGAUGGCUAGAUUUGGUUUUAUUACGUUAUUCUUGUAUUAUUAAUGGAUUUACAUCUUUGGCAAUUACAAAAGUGGAUGUUUUGGAUACAUUUGAACAAAUACAAGUCGGAAUUGCUUAUAGUUUGGAUGGAGUUGAGAUUUUACAUCCUCCAGCAACAAUAAAUGAUUGGCACAAAAUCAAAGUUGAAUAUAAAAUAUUUCCUGGUUGGAUGUCUGACACUUCAAAAGCUAGAACUUUUGAUCAAUUGCCACAGGAAUGUAGAGAUUAUCUUACUUUUAUCGAACAAAAUGUUAAAGUGCCAAUUGAAUUUAUUGGUGUUGGAAAGAGUAGAGAUGCUUUAAUUGUUUGUAACAAAUUUGAAUGA